GGUGUGGAACUCAGAAAUGCUAAUAAUAAGUCUACUGUAAUUUCAAGAUCCAAAAUCCUUCAAGACUUCCACUCUCCGACCCUUCAUCUUUUCACAUAAAAUAAUUCGAUCUGCACAAGAUUCGAAUCCAAACAAAGGCCACCUUCAAACAAGCUCAACUUGAGUCAUCAACUCAAUCAUGUCGAGCAACAAUGUUCAAUCAGAGAUUGAGAACUACAAAGCUCAAUGCGAAUUCCAAAUUGCUCAACACCAAGCAAAACUGGCGCUCGAACAAACCAAACAUCAACAAAAGAUCGGCAGAUUCAGAAAUCCACACCUCGAAGAUGUUGCUUUUAUCAGGGGUGAGCAUCGGCGAUACAUGAAUUUCGUAACCACUCAGCAUCGAGAAAGUAUGGCCAUCCUCACUACUCAACACCAGAAAUACAUGUCCGAUGUUUCAGUCUUGCACCAGCAACAAAUCGAUAACCUCUCAGCACAACAUCAACAACAAAUGGGCAAUCUCAAAGCUCAAAAUCAAGAAGGCCAAGAAAAAGAAAUUGCCAAACUCGAGAUUGACCACAAAAAAGCAAUGGACAGUUUGAAAAAAGAUCAGGAAACCAUCAUUGAAGCUACCAAGGAAGAGUAUGAGGAAGAACUCGAUUGUCUUCAGACAGCAGACGACGAAUUCGUUUCCGAUCUCAAGGGAGGUCAUGCAAGAGAAAUCAUCGAACAUCGAGAGGUAAACAAAUCGCGAGUUGAAUACGCUGAGGAGGAGUUUCGGGCCUAUUUAACUGAAAUCGAGAGAAUUCACAAAGAUCGCAUGGCGAAGUUGGAAAAGGCUCAUAAGAAGUGCAUGAGGAAGCUGGAAGAGUGCUGAAUUGCAACUUUUAAGCUUUUUAUUGGGGAUUCGAGGUGAUUCUUUCUUCAUGGUCAAUGAGAUUGCUAAAUUUAUGGUCUGGAUGGAUGGGCUUCGUAUCGUUGAUGAUCAUAGCAAGAUGGGACUACUCAGGCAGAAUAAAGGACUUACAGUUUAUGGAUAUCAGUCAGUUAAGUCACUCACUGGUAGGAACCUGAGAGUGCAACCAAUACUCUAAUUUAUCUUUGGAUGCUAUA